GGUGCAGAGCCCCCGUCGUGGGAUAGAGGGACCCUCCAGUCCGGGAACGGAACUGUGGCUGUGGGGACGGACGGGGACCUCACCGAGAGGAGAGAGGGACGCUGGCUGUGGGAGCCAGCCCAAAUCUGUGGGGACAGCCGUGUGGCUGGGAGGGACCCCAACCGUGGGAUGGAGCCCUAACCGUGGGAUGGAGCCCCCUGGGGACAGAUGGGGUCCUGGCUGUGGUGGCAGCUCCCUGGCACUGGGGAUGUGUUUCCGUGAGGACGGGUCCCCACCUGCCAGGUCUCUCCUAUUCCUGCCUUGGGCAGCUCUGCCAGCCUGGCCCUGCUUGCAGCAGCAGAAUAGCAGAGCAGAGGAUGGCAGCUGGGGUGCAGGUGACAGGCUCGGCCAUGCCUUGCCCUGCAGCAGCUGUGGGACUGGGAGAUCUGUGGACUACAGCUCCUCUCCCAGAUCUCAGGCUUUGUCCCGAUGCCAACACACUCACCAGCUCCCUCGAGGCGUGGAUACCGUCAGCAUCAAGGAGAGCGCUGCCAGGCACCUCCAAACAGCCCCCAAGGGCGAGGAUCCCAGUCUGUCCACCAGCACCGAGGUGGUUAAACGGGCUCUAUUCCAGCCCUGGCCCUGCUGCUUGCAGGGGAGGUUGCUGGUUUGAGGCCAAGGGGAGGGCCAUGCAGGGGACUCCUGGGCAGCCUUUGUCCCAGGCUCAGCGCCCGCACUCCAGGUACACGCUCACACCGAGGUGAGCAGCAGCUGGCCCCACUGGCAGCAGCACAGGGCACUGGUCACCCUCAUUUAUCACUGGAGAUAUCGACUGAAACAGGAAUCGCCGUCUUUUGUGACUUUGCCAAAGGUCUUCCUUUCCUAUUAAAUUGCUGACCUGGACUGGCUACAAGGUAAGGGUAUUUUCUAUGCGUUCCUGGGAGAACUGCACAGCCCAGUGAGCUCCCCACGGUGCACCCCAUGGCAGUGGCUGGGUUAGAAUCAUUUCUUUAGGCUGUUUCCAGGGCUUUCAGGGCAUCUGCUGCUCAGCUGCAGCCCAGUGCUGUGCAGGCUGGGCUGUACGAGGUCAGGCUUACUGCCUGCAGUCACACAAUGGUAGUACAGAGCAGGGUGAUGCAGGAACAGAAGGGAGAACUUUGUGUAGAAAAGCACAUCUGGAGCAGACAUGGGGUGCUGAGCAUGAGGACGUGUCAGCUGCUCUGUGCUGUGGGGCUGUAGAGAACCAGGCCCUUGGGUUUCACUUCUCCAUUGCAAUUUAUUGCUGAUGCCUCAGGGAUGAUGAUGCUGGCAGCUGAGCUCUGACCAGGUGAGCAGAGCUGGACCAGGCAGGAGACACAUGGAUGGAGAUGCUGUUCCCCUGCCUGGAGAAAGACUGAGGAUAGUCUGAUACUGUUGGGCAACAGAUGUUUUAAUUCCCUAUUACUGGAGGUUUUCAAGAUAGGAUUGGUUAGAUAGUCUCAUUUAGGCUUGCCGUGAGAAGCUGGACUUGAUUGUCUCUUGAGGUCCUUUCAACCUGUACUGUCCCAUGAUUCUGUGAUUCUAUAUGACCUGCUGGUCACAAGUCUGUGGGAUGGAUUGUGUGAGGUAGUGCAAGGUAUAAUGGCAGAAUGUGGGUGCCAGGGGGAUGCAGCUCUGCACUCCAAAGAUAUCAACCCAGUGGGAACCUGCCAGGACAUGGCCCUGCUCUGGGUGUCCCUGCUUUAGCAGGGGUUGGACCAGGUGGACCCAAGGGUCUCUUCCAACCUCAGCCAUACUGGAAUUCUGUGACUGUGAUUCCAAGAAUGGUUUAAAGCCCUUUUUUCAGACAUGGGAGAAGGUCCAUCUUGACAGGUCCCACCUCAUCCACGAGAUUUGCAUUUCAAAUCUGGCCUUGCAAAUACAGGAGCGCUAAGCUGGGCUUGGGGUGUUUUUGCAGGUUGGAAGAGGAAUGGAGUACAAAGCCAAGGUCGUUGCAGGUCUCCUGGCAGCCACCUGUGUCUUCAGCAUCGUUGCCCUCAUACUGAGUGCUGUAAAUGUGAAGGAUGUGUUGCUGCCUCCUGGCACUAAGUACGGCCUGGUGUUCGACGCCGGCUCCACGCACACGGCUCUCUACGUCUACCAGUGGCCUGCAGACAAGGAGAACGGCACGGGCAUCGUCUCCCAGGUGGAGUCCUGCACUGUGAAUGGAUCUGGCAUCUCCAGCUAUGCAGAUGAUCCCACUGGAGCUGGUGCCAGUCUGAAGCCCUGCCUGGACAAGGCCAUGGCAGUCAUCCCUGCAGAGCAGCAGUGGCAGACACCCACCUACCUGGGGGCCACAGCGGGGAUGAGGCUGCUGAGGGAGCAGAACAGCACAAAGGCUGAGCAGGUCUUCGCUGAGGUCACCAAGGCCAUUCGUGAGUACCCUGUGGACUUCCGUGGAGCUCAGAUCCUCACCGGGAACGAGGAGGGCUCCUUUGGCUGGAUCACUGUCAACUACCUGCUGGACACACUUAUCAAGUUUUCCUUCACAGGAAAAUGGGAACAUCCACAAAACACUGAGGUCCUGGGAGCUCUGGAUCUUGGAGGAGCCUCAACACAAAUAACCUUCCAGCCUGGAGUCACCGUUGAAGACAAAAACACGUCUGUCCUCUUCAGGCUGUACGGCACCAACUACUCACUCUACACCCACAGCUACCUGUGCUAUGGGCAGAUGCAGGCCUUGAAGAGGCUGAUGGCAGCUCUCCAUCAGGACAGCCGGUACGCCCAGCAGAUAUCACACCCCUGCUACCCCAAGGGAUACCAGGAGAACAUCACCGUAGCAGAGCUCUACGACAGUCCCUGCGUCCCCAUUCCAAGCACGCUCAGCCCUGCACAGAUCCUCACAGUAACAGGGAUGGGGAACCCGGCGGCGUGCCGCACCGCCAUCCUGAAGCUCUUCAACUUCACCUGUGGGGCCAACAGGACGUGUGGGUUCGACGGGGUCUAUCAGCCACCUGUGAGGGGACAGUUCUUUGCCUUUGCUGGGUUCUACUACACCUUCUCCUUCCUGAACCUGACCAGCCAGCAGUCUCUAAGCCAUGUCAAUGCCACAGUCUGGGACUUCUGUAACAAGAACUGGUCCAAGCUGGUGGAGACUUUCCCAGACAAUAAGGAGCACCUACACACGUACUGCGUGGUGGGACUUUACAUCUUGACACUGCUGGUCGAUGGCUAUAAGUUUGAUGAGCGCACGUGGAGCAACAUCCACUUCAGCCAGAAGGCAGGAAACACAGAUAUUGGCUGGACGCUGGGCUUCAUGCUGAAUCUCACCAACAUGAUCCCCACGGAGGCUCUGGAACACAUCAAGGGGCAGCAGCCCAGUCUGUGGGCAGGAGCCAUCUCCUUCAUUGUGCUGGCUAUAGCUACAGGCCUGGUGGCAAUUCUCCUCCAGUGUUUCUGGAAAUCCAAGUAGCUCCAAGUAGCUCCAAGAAGCCUACGGGCACCCUGCCUUCUAAACCAGGCAGGGAGGGUGGUGCAAGAAAAGGUGGAAGCAAGAGAGGGAAGAAGGCAUUAAGCCCCACCUCCACUGCUCAUGAAGUCUUCUUGAACCACAUCUGUAAAGACAUCAAAGGCAUCUUGAGCUCCCUACAAACCUCAACGAGGAAAUGAUGCCAGAAACCUCUUCAAUCUGGCUGACAAAGGCCAAACUGAGAUGUGACGGCCAUAUGAAUUCAAGCUAGAAAUAAAGCCCUUUUUGUUUUUCAAAUACAAAGGUCGCUAACAAGUCUAGCAGAGCUUCCAUCCCUCGGCACUUCCACACCUGCUGGGUUGGCUCUCCCAGCUGCAGCUGUGGAAGGCAAUGGGUGCUGGAGAGCAGUGGUGGUCACCUAGGCUCUGGGAGAGGACUGGCAUUUUCUGUAUCCUGUCUUGUAUAAGAUGUGCAAGAUUUCUGUAGUAUGUGGUAGAACAUCUUUCCAAGGACAGACUGUCAGCUGUCUGUAAGUUAUUUACAAUCAUAUCUCAGCAAAAAAAAUACAAUUGGAACUUGAUUUAA